AUGUCUCCUCAGAGCAGCGCCCCGGGCCACUUGGAUCCCGGCCUCAAUUUACUAAGCGAACUCAGAGGAUGCCCGGAGUCCUGGACUGCAGAGCCGCCCGCGAGAGGCACCGGGGCUGUAACCGCGCAACCUCGUGCCGUGGGCGGGGACGAGGGAGACUUCUCCGGCCGGUGCGCGCCCUGGCGCGAAAGUGAGGCGCGGGCGGGGCUGGUCACGCGCCUGGCUUCCUGCAGUGCGAACCCUGCAAAUCCCGGCGACUUCGCAGUUGCCGAAGGGACCCGAAGAAGUGGGAUGUGCAAAAGCACCGGCUGGAAAUCCCGGCUGUGUCUCCGUCAACUCUUCACGCAACAGUGGGCUCCCCCGGCCCUUGGUUUUUACCGGGCCGCCUGGUCCCACUCGGCGAAAAAAAUUCCAGAGCUGCUGCCGUGGCGAUGGCGUGGUGGGCUGCCUCCUCCGCGUGCGCGGCGCUCCUGCUUCUGUGGUGAUCUGAAAGUGGAGAUGAUGGCAAGGGGGAUUCAGGCCACACACCUGAAUGACAAUGUUACCAUAUUCUGCAAAGUCAUUUAUUCCCAACCCCUCAACAUCACUUCUAUGGGUAUCACCUGGUUGCGGAAGAGUCUGACGUUAGACAAAGAAGUCAAGGUCUUUGAAUUUUUUGGAGAUCACCAAAAGGCAUUCCGACCUGGAGCCAAUGUGUCUCCAUGGAGGCUGAAGAGUGGGGACGCCUCACUGAAGCUGCCUGGAGUCCAGCUGGAGGAAGCAGGAGAGUACCGAUGUGAGGUGGUUGUCACCCCUCUGAAGGCACAGGGAACGGUUCAACUUAAAGUUGUGGCUUCCCCAACCAGCAGAUUGUUUCAGGAUCAAGCGGUGGUGAAAGAGAAUGAAGGCAAAUAUAUGUGUGAGUCAAGUGGGUUCUAUCCAAAGGAUAUUAAUAUAACAUGGGAGAAGAGGACCCAGAAGUCUCCCCAUCACGUAGUGAUUUCUGAGAACAUCAUCACUGGUCCCACCAUCAAGAAUAUGGAUGGUACAUUUAACAUCACUAGCUCCUUGAAGCUGAACUCCUCUCAGGAAGACCCUGGGACUGUCUACCAAUGUGUGAUAUGGCAUGAGUCCUUGCAUACUCCUGUGAGCAUCGACUUUAACCUGACUGCUCCUCGGCAGAGUCUUUCUGAACCUGAGAAGACAGACAUCUUUUCCACUUAUGGGUGGCUUAUUUCAUUCCUUGCUGCUGGAUUGAUUUUAUUAAUUGUUUUGAUUCAUUGGAAAAAGGUGCCAUUGAGAGAGGAGGAAGGAAGAAACUAGUUAGGCAACAUCAGCAAUGAUACUUAUGGAAAAAGAAAACAAAUCCUUUAUGAUCAGCUGGAUUCUGUAGUUGUUUGAAAAGAUGACUCCAGUCCUUCACCCUUCCCUGCAUUCAUGUCCAUUGCUGUGUAACUUUGCAGUGUCUCCAACCAUGUGACGUCUUUCAGCCAACAUAAGGAGACAGCAGUGAAGGCGUGCCAGUUCCCAGUGUAAGCCCCAAGAGGCCUUGUGUGUCUUCAUUUGCUUCCUUGUGUGCUUCUAAUGGUGCUGAGAGAAGGACAGGUCCAGACUAGCCUGCUGGAGGAUGAGAGAUGCUGGCUCCCACAUCCUUGUUGCUCCAGUGGAGGCCAGGCUAGAUUAGAUGACAGCCACCUGACUCCAUGUGAGCAAAUCUGAGAUCAGCAGAGCUGGCAGAGCCAACUCUCAAAUACUUGGAAAAUACUUUUAAUAUGUAAAACAUUUUAAAUAUUUAUUUUUAUUAAUACAUUAAUAUUUAAAAUGUUUUUUAAAGCCACUGUUUUAUACUGGCUUUGUUAACACAGCAUAAGCUAAGUGCUACAACUCCUCAGGAACCUGAGCUUUGACCAAAAGGAGUGUGGUAGCCACAGAGAUGUGCCUCUGAGGCCCCCUUCGAGAGAGAGCCUGUGUGAGGAGUGCAGUCAGCUGACGGGCUCCAGCUGCAGAUCUCAGGGAUCUGCUUCAGUAUUCCAGCUGGUGCCCUGCUCUCCCCGCACUGCUCCUGCCAUUGACUGAGCAAGGCAGGAGCUCCGUGUUGGGAGCUGAUGCUGGAAUACUGAACUACAUCCCGAGAUCUCCAGCUGCUGAUCUCGGGGAUCUGAGGUGGCCACGACUUCCUCAGAGUUGUGUAUUAGGUGCUAGAAUAACAUCAUUUUGUUUGAUGUCAUUUUGUUAUCACAUUGAUGAAAAAAAAAUCAAUUCCCAACCUGAGCCACUGGCUCUGUGGAGUUUGCAUGUUCUGCAUGGGUUUUCAUCAGGUACUCUGGUUUCCUCUCAGAUCCCAGAGAUGAGCACUUUCAGCAAAUUGGGGUGUCUAAAUGGUGCCAGUCUGAGUGAGGGUGUGGGUGUGAGCAUGCCUUACAGCCGGAUGCCAUCCUCUCCAGGGUUGAUGCCCACUUAGUGCUCUGAGCCACUGGGAAAGGCUCUGGCCACCCACAACUCUGAACUGGCAUCAUUGGGUGAAUAAUUAUUUGUUUUUAGUAAUUUUUUUUUUUUCAAGACAAAGUCUCACACACUGU